UUAAGAGACUUUCAGCUAGUUAUAUGUGUUGUUUGGGGAGUGAAGGAGGCUUUUUACAGGCAAAGGUUGACAGGCGAGUGUGUAUUUUAAUCUUUUAACUGGAACCAGGAACAAGCCCAUGUGGGUGUGUUUUAAUGAGACAUAUAUAGUGUGAGAGAGUGCACAACACUGCAAGAGAAGAGAGUGUUAUGUAAGUGUUCUAGUGAGAGAAUCUAGUGAAGAGGAGGAGAAAGAGGAGGAGAAGGUGGGCAUUAGAAGAGUGUUCAGGCUUUUUUUGAUCAGCUUCUCUCUCUUUCUCUCUUUAGUUCUAUUUGUUUUCUGUUGUUUGUUCAACAGUAGGUGGAAAUGACUAAAGAUGACGACUUUAAGCUCCUCAAGAUCCAGACCAUCAUCCUCAAAGUGAACAUACACUGUGAUGGUUGCAAGCACAAAGUUAAGAAGCUCCUUCAACGAAUUGAAGGGGUGUACACAGUCAACUUAGAUGCAGAGAACCAGAAGGUCACAGUUUCAGGAAAUGUGGACUCUGCUACACUUAUCAAGAAGCUGGCCAAAUCUGGCAAGCAUGCAGAGCUCUGGUCUCAGAAAUCCACUGCUCAAAGUCACAAGAAUCAACCCCCACACUCCAAUGGCAAGAACAACAACAACAACAACAAUAACAAGGAACAACAAUCCAAACAAAAUUUCAUGCAAGGUCUUAAGGCUUUGAAGAACCAGCACAAUAAGUUAGCUGUGUUUAGCUCUGAUGAAGAUGACUGUGAGGAUGAUGAGGAUGAAGAUGAUGAUGAUGAUUUCAGAUUGCUUGAGGGCAAGAUCAAUGCCAUCAAUAUAUUGAAACAAGGCAACAAUGGACCACUGAACAAUGGUAAGAAGAACGGCAACAAUGCUGCUGGUGGGAAUGCUAAGAAGGUGGGUAGUGGUGGCAACCCAAACCACCAGAACCUAGUGGGCAAGAGCACUCAUCCGUCUAUGCCAGCAAACAUGAAUAACCACAACAAGAUGGGAAACCUUGGUGGAAUGAAUACUGGAAUGAAUGCACAUCACCCACAUCAAGGUGAUGGAAAGAGAGUGGUGAAUGACAUAAAUAGCCUGAUGGGUUUAGGACUCCAUGGUCUUGGAGGGCAGGGCAAUGGUCUGGGAAUGCAUCAUCAACAUGCACAGCAGCAGCAGCAGCAGCAGCAGCCAGGAAACACUAACUUCCCAGGUUCCAUGGGAUUUCACCACCUCUCCAAUAAUGCAGGUGCUGGUGGUGCUGGGCUUCAUCAUCCGCAGCAGCAGCAGCAGCAGCAGCAGCAGCAGCUUCAGUCAAUGAUGAACUUGCAAGGGUAUCAGAACCAUCCAUCACUCAUGAAUCUAAGAGGGUUGAACGGUAACAAUAUGAUGAUGCAGCAGCUGCAACAGCAACAGCAACAGCAACAGCCACAGCCCCAGAUGGUGUACCAUAGAGCCUCCCAGAUGCCACCCUACACUGGCUACUACUACCCCCAUUACUACCCAAGUCCCUACCUCAACAACAACAACCACUACUCAGACAAUGGAGGUGAUUAUGGGACCCAUCUUUUCAGUGAUGAGAACACCAAUGGAUGUGUUGUGAUGUAAAAGAACAACAUGGUCUUUUUAGGAUUUGAAGUUUGUGUCCUGACCAACCUAUGCUUCUUCUUCCUUUUUCUCUAUCUUUUGCUUCCUUGCUUUUUCUUUUCCUUCUGAAGUGGUUAGUGUUGAGAGGUUUCCAAUGUUUGAGACUCUGAUGGCACUUGGAUAUAUUUAUUUGUUAACAUGAGUAUCAGACAUUAUAAUACUAGCUUGUCUUAUCAUC